UAACAACUUUGUGUGGCAACUCUGAGAAGCGCUUCUCUGGAGCAUGGCAACUGUGUCCUGGGAAACCAGCUGGGGCGGUCCGAACUGGUCUACGUUGGUGACCAGGGGAAGAACGAACUUCACCUCUUCCUUUUUCCCUGACUAUACCAACCUCAGCCAUGCUCAUGGAGAAAGCCCGUUUUUUUGGAUCAUCCCUGAAAACAGUUCCGCCACCGCUGGCCCCCCUACGCACUCUCCCCCCACAGUAAGGACACGGGACCUGGCUCUGGCCCGUGCAGAGAUCGGGGUUCUGGGGCUGGUGUUAGCGCUGACAGCCCUGGGGAACGGGUUUGUGCUCUGGGUGCUGCUCAGAAGGAGGAAGCACCAUGCUCCCAUGCACGUCUUCAUGGUCAACCUGUGCGUGGCGGACCUGGUGGUGGCCUUCUUCCAGGUCCUUCCCCAGCUGGUGUGGGACAUAACAGAGCGCUUCCAGGGUCCCGACGCCCUCUGCCGCUUCGUGAAGUACCUGCAGAUAGUGGGGAUGUUCGCCUCCUCCUACAUGAUCGUGGCCAUGACCGUGGACCGACACCACGCCAUCUGCUUCCCUCUACAGGCGUACCGCGGAGGGGCCACGUCACGCUUUAACACGCCUGUCAUCGCGGCCUGGGGCCUGGCCGUGGUGCUCAGCCUGCCUCAGAUAUUCAUCUUCUCAAGGUCAGAGGUUUCCCCAGGGGUGUUUGAGUGCUGGGGACACUUCACAGAGCCCUGGGGGCUCAAAGCCUACGUCACUUGGAUGACCGUGGCUGUGUUGGUGUUGCCGGCUCUCAUCAUCACCAUUUGCCAGGUGCGAAUAUUCAGAGAGAUCCACAACAACAUCUAUCUUAAGUCAGAGAGAGUGGUGGCUGCAGAAUAUAAGAGAGCCUCUGUCCUCUUCCACUUCCAAAACCAGCAGCAGAAAGGACAGAGGGGGAGGGGUGGAGGAGGAGGGGGUAGAGAGGGACGAGGAGUCCCCGCCCCCAAUUAUAAUCUCACCAACCAUCAGAACUCUAGCGUAGCAGAACCUUCGCCUGUCCCUGAUGCACCUGAGAGCUCGGACACCUCCCCUUCUCUGGUUCCCCACACUGUCUGCUUGCAGCCCUCCCCCGGUAACUCCACCUCCUACAGCAGCCAUCCACACCCCGCACGCUCCUAUGAUCUCCCUCCCGAUGGUGUCCCCGAUCCCUCCACCCACGGGCCCGCAGCGGAGUAUCCUCCCCUGGCCCCACCCCACCCCCCACCGCUGGGCGUGUCCAAGGCCAUGUCCAAGACAGUGCGGAUGACUCUGGUGAUAGUGCUGGUCUACACCAUGUGCUGGUCCCCCUUCUUCAUCGUUCAGCUGUGGGCUGCUUGGGACCCCAACCCCCCAGACCAAGGAGUAGCCUUCACCAUCCUGAUGCUGCUGGCCAGCCUCAACUCCUGCACCAACCCCUGGAUCUACACGGCCUUCUCCAGCAGCAUGUCUCGCGAGCUGCAGGGCCUCCUCUGCUGCAGGUCCCGGGCCUCACGGCGCGGCUCCCUGCCGGACGACUCAACCACCACCACGCACACCUCCACCACCACCAAGGAUGGCAUGUACUGA